GUGCCAAUGGGUGCUGGGGCAGGUGCGGCUGGGCCCUCUUGUGUUUAGGAGACGGGGCCCCUUCAGAUAAGGACACCCGGCGGAGCACAGUGAACCAACGGGGCUUAAUGGCAAGAGGAAGAAUUGUCAUUCCAUUUCAUAAUCGCUUGGGUUGCAAUUUCCAUUAGAAACGGGGCUUCCUUCUGAGUAGACAAGCACCGGAUCGCACUCUGAACUGCUUUACAGUUGGUGGAUGAGAGAACAUAGACCUCAGAUUCAGGGGCUCUGACUUGUUAAAGACAAGAAAACAGUUCGCGGGUGUCCUGUGAAAUCACAGAAGCAUCACCAGUUGGGUGGUACCUCUCCCCCCCCCCCUGUAUUUGACUGAGCCUGUGCUUUUUUCAGCAGCCAGCUAGGCAGCAAUUAAACAGGAGUACCAGCAGCCGAUAUCUAGCCUGCCAUGGUUCCUCCCCAGAAGUCCGCCCCUGGGUCUGAUCUUGAGUGGCACCCAGGACCUGGCGCAAGAGGCCAAUGGGAAAAAUCCACUGACUGUGGACAGAUGAGGAGAGGGAUCCAUUUGACAUCACACAUCCAGGGAGAAAGAAAACAAGCAAUGUGAUUCUGGUCCACAUUGAGGAGUUGUGGAAAGGAAAUGAUAGAAAGUGAUAUCAACUCCGUCAUGUCUGGCCUCAUUCGAAAUUCAGGGCAAAGCCACCACCCUUCUCCACAAGAAUAUAGACUCUUGGCUUCUGACCCUUCACAACUGGGUGAAGACGACCUCCCCGGUGACUUACAGUCCCUGUCCUGGCUGACUUCCGUGGACGUCCCUCGGCUGCAACAAAUGGCCAGCGAAAGGAUGGACUUUGGACUCAGCUCCCAUAAUGCUGUGCUGCAGCAGACAGCAGGGUCUAUGCCAGGGAAUCUGCAUGCCACCGCAGGGACUCCUGGAGCAAUGAUCCACAUCCAGGCCAGCCUGCCUCAAGGCAUUCUGGGAGGACUGAACACCGUUUCAUCUCACGGUGCCAAUCAGAUAAGCCAGUAUGUGGUUGGGGGGCAGCUGUCUCCCAGUCUGCAAGCGCAGGCAGCCCCCCUCUUCCCUCCUCUGCCCCGCCAUGUCCAGCAGGUGUUCACCAUCGCUCAACACGCGCAACAGUGCCCUCCAACGACCAUCUACAGCACCUCUUACGGGACGCAGCCUCAAUACUCACAGCCCCCCCGCCUGGCUCCUCACAGCACCCAGGAACAGCAGGCGAAGCCUUACCCCAAGCCUAUCUACUCCUACAGCUGCUUGAUUGCCAUGGCCCUGAAAAACAGCAAGACGGGCAGCCUCCCUGUCAGCGAGAUCUACAGCUUCAUGAAGGAGCACUUCCCCUAUUUCAAGACAGCGCCCGAUGGGUGGAAGAACUCCGUCCGCCACAACCUGUCCCUCAACAAAUGCUUUGAGAAGGUGGAGAAUAAGAUGAGCGGCACGUCCCGCAAAGGCUGCCUGUGGGCCCUCAACCCCGCCAAGAUAGACAAGAUGGAAGAGGAGAUGCAAAAGUGGAAGAGGAAAGACCUGGCAGCCAUUCUCCGGAGCAUGGCCAACCCAGAGGAGCUGGACAAGCUCAUCACAGACCGACCCGAGAGCUGCAGGCGGCUGAGCAAGCAGUCUGAGGGGGACGGUUCCACGCGGAGCCACAUGGCGGCAGCCGCAGGGCGCAUCUCACACUUGCAGCCCCAGCCGGUCAUGACACUCGCCCUGCAGUCCCUCCCGCUGCACCACCAGAUCCAGACGCAAGCGUGCAUGACUCCAGAUUCGCCUGCUCCUGCGCAGACCCCUCCCUUGCACCCGCUGCACGCUCUUAGCCAGAGUCCCCUUCCUCAGCAUCCGAUGAGCCGUGCCCCAGACUUCCUCAGCGUGAUGACCGACAUGAACGCAGAGGUGGAUGCCCUUGACCCCAGCAUCAUGGACUUUGCACUACAAGGUAACAUCUGGGAAGAGAUGAAAGACGAGAGCUUCACCUUGGAGAGCCUGGGUGCUUUCAGCAACUCUUCUCUGGCCCUCUCUGACUGCGACCUGGCCCCCGCUGGGCUCACCCCUGCCUCCAGCAACAACACCGACCACCCCUCCUUUUCAGACUUGCAAGUGACAGGCCUCUACACAACAUACACAACGCUGGACCCCAUCUCUGCCACUCAGUACAUCAGCGCCCAAGGAAACAAGCCUAUCGCCCUUCUCUGAAAGAGCCAUUCCCGUCCCUUGAGCCUGACUGAGAAACAGAGAAGCCCAGUUCCUUCUGGGGGUGCUUUGAGCCUGCAAAAUUAUCUAAAUUGGGGAGGAGAACAUGCCUUGCUGCUCCUUCAAGCAUCCCAAGCAAGAGAUUUUGGUGAGAUGCAUCGUCUUGAAGACACCAUCUGAUGUGAGGGGAUCCUGGUGUGCUCCAAGGCAAGCUGCAAAAUUUCAGCAAAGCCCCCCCACCCCAACCCGCUGAUGCUUGGGCUGUUCUGAAGCCCAUUAGGGUUGCUCUGUCAUUUGUGACAGUCCAAGCCGCAACUGGCUGAGCUUUCUAUCACUAGUUGCAACUGUGUGCCCCCAGCUCCACUCUGGGGCCUGCGGGUGGUUCCUCCCCAGACCUUCUUCCCCAGUUCCCAGAGGCUUCACUUCCAUUAGUGAUCCCCCUGCCUCUUGACCAGUCUCUCUUCUCUUCAGGCAAAAGGGGGCGAAUCUCCCCUCCCCUCUGUCCAUCUCAAGCCACACCAUCCAGCUACCCUCCCUCCCUGCAGGCUCUGGACCCUUCCUUCGGCUCUCCCUUCCCUCCCCUCCAGCAUCCUCCCUCUGCACAGUCUUCAGCCAUCCCUUCUGGGAAGCCCCUGAGCAGCUGCCAGAUGGUCUCAGUCUAGUCCAGGCCAUGGGCAGCAGAGUCUUCCGAGGUGCCAGGAAGGCUCUGCCUCUCGAGGGAGGAGGGUGGCUCGUGUUCCCUGGUAGAGAAGGUCUCAGCUCAGCCCUCACCAAAAGCUGUGCCCUCCAGCCUCGGCCCCACCUGCACAUCUGUGUGAGCCAGGAUGGAUGGGACCCGUGGCCAAAAACAUCUGGGGAGCGUCGGCUUGGCAAAGGCUGUACUAAAUAAGGAACUUUACACUGGAUAAAACAUUACCUUAGGCUUUUAAAACAAAGGAGAAAUAAUUUAGGAUUUAUAUUCUAGACUUGUGUAUAGUAUUUCCUAAUUAUUGUACUAGGCAGUAUUACUGUUGUAAAUUUUAUUUAUAAUUUAUUUUUAUGAAAACAAAAAGGAAUUGUGUAUUCAGCAUCAAUUUUUUUUAAAUGUUGUAGUGACAGGAAAACAAAACCCAAACCUUAAAUUAUUCAGAAGCACAGCAAAAUACUGCAAAACUUUUAUGUCAGGUUCUUUCCCUUUUUUUACCUGAACUUUAAAAGAAGUACUUUGGAUACUUAAGAGAUAAAAUGGCACAUGUGCCAGACCCAAUACUGUUUUUUAUGUUUAACCGAUAGGGCUUUUCUACAGCUGAAAAAGGACUGUGGCUCUUUUUUUGCAAUUCAUUCCUGUGGAUCUUUUCUUUGAAGUGCACCCCACCCUCUUCAGUGGGGCUUACUGCUCCCAGGUGAGUGUUUCCAGGGCUGCAGCAUUAGGUCACAAGGUAAAUAAAUGAAUAGGUCCACCAACAGGAGGAAAAACUGGAAACUGGUUUUAAAAUUUGAAAACUUACAAUUUAACGUUUAGUCUGCUGAUGCCAGUAUAACCUUGAUGUAAUAUUUAUAUUUUUAAUAAUGUUUUACUAAACACUGGUUGGAUAGAAUUUUUAUAAAGUCUUUUUCAGAUCUGGAACAAAAUAUUUGCUCUUCUUUAUAGACUGUGGAAAUAUUGAAUGGGAAAGUUCCUUCCUCUUGGGCUUGUUUGCACAAUCACAAGUCUGAGAACGUUGAUCAAGGCAGGUGUCAGGGUAGCAGCCCUGCAGAAAGAGAUGGCCAGGAGAGCUGAGCCCCGUCAUACGGCUGGGCUGCCAUCGGAGCUCUCUUUUGCCAGAAGUAAUGCAAAUCUGCUAUUGUUUACAGCGAGGGGGGGCAAUAUUUUUGGUUCAGCAGGCCAGACGCUUAUCUCCCUCCACCCCCAGGGGCCAACUGUGACAGGCAGGUGAGACCACACACGUCAAUUUUCUGGCGUCAUAAUGACAUCAGGUGACUGCAAAGCAACCCUGAGCAGAACUGAACUCCCUUGUCAUCAGCUGAUGAGCAGACAGCUCAGUCCUCCUCUCUGCAGGAGUCAGAGCAGGAUUUGACCCCCUGCUCAGUCUUACUGUGUUGAAAUCACAUGCCAAUAAAGAAUUGAACCCUACCCCUGUCCAUCAGCUGAUGAAAAGCUGGGUGUAGUUUUGGAAGAAUCAGUCGCCCGUGGGCCGGACGUUCCUCACACUGUUUUGCAUGGCGACUCUGCUGUUUUCAGGGCAGCAGAAGUGAUGUUCUGGACUGGGUUGGUUUUUCAGCUUAGGAUAACUCAAGCAUAUGGAUAUUUUUACUCAGAUGUAAAUCCCCACCAAGUCCAGAAUCAUAUAAAACAAAAGCAGGAGUUGCUAUUAAUUCUCGGGUUCCUGGGCGUCUUUUUGGUCAAGCCUUCAUAUGACGCAGCAGACCCAGGGCUCGCCCACAUGUCCACUUGUCCCAGCGCUUCCCCCAGGGAAACCUGCUCUUUAGUGUUGAAUGGGAGCAAAAGUCUACCUGCGGAAAACCCAACAAACGUUUGCUCCCAUUCAGCAGUAAAGAGCAAGUUUCCCUGGCGGAAGUGUGGCUGAGCCCACCGGCUGCCUAUCAGCAACCUCUUUCACAGGAAGGUCCCACAAAUGUCUUCACUAGUGAAAAAGGACAGCAUGGGACUUCCGGCGAGGCAGCAUGGCGGCUGCAACAGCAGAAAAGAGCUCCUGAAGCCAGCCAGAGUAAAAGGCUGUCUGGCCGUUUCCCCGGCUCCCAAGACUGCUGCCGCCAGCACCGCCAGCGGAGAGGAAUCGGGGGUGCCCGGGAGUCUAUCAAAGGAGCCAAAACACCCCCCCCCAGGACUGAGAUUGAGCCGGAAAGGCACCCGACCC